AAAUACGGCUGCGCGCAACGAAUAGUUAGACAUUUUUCCAAAAUCAAAGGAAAGACACCAACGAACAAGAAGAACCGUGGAAAUCCGGCUUACCUUUGACUAUUCUCAUUUUAUUCCUUAUAUUAUUUUUGCCCUGACUCCUAUCGUUUGUCAUGAGUGGAUUAUCUGUUCAAUUCGUCGCGGCGGCAGCGGUGUGCUCUCUUCUGGUCACAGUGACGCUGGGGUCCCCGGUGUUGGGGCCAGAGCCGAUCCGAUGCGCCCCUUGCACUCCGGAGAAGCUGAGCGAGUGUCCGGCGGUGGCUCCCGGCUGUGCCGAGGUGUUACGGGAACCGGGUUGCGGAUGCUGCCUCGCUUGUGCCCUCAAGGCGGGAGACCUUUGCGGCAUCUACACGGCACCAUGCGGGUCCGGUUUGAAGUGUACCCCUAGACCCGGAGACUCCCGGCCGCUGCAUUCCCUCACUCGCGGACAAGCUUUCUGCACGGUCAGCAUCGAGCCUGAACGGAGUCCCGAGCCCCCAAAUCAAGAGCUGGAAGAGCAUGACGCGGAGAUGGAGAACGCAGCCAGCGUGACAGACCCCGGCUACAGCCUCUAUGUCCCCGGUCAUAGCAAGCCCUUCGACCCGCGUGCCGCCGCAGACGCCCAUGAGAGCUUGAAAGCCAAACUCAAUGCCAUCAGCAAGAAACUGGUUGAGCAGGGACCCUGUCACGUAGAGCUGCAGAGAGCUCUGGAGAAGAUUGUCAAGUCACAGCAGAAACUGGGAGAUAAGCUGACCAGAUUCUACCUCCCCAAUUGUGACAAACAUGGCCUCUACAAAGCCAAGCAGUGUGAGUCCUUUUUGGACGGCCAGAGGGGCAGGUGUUGGUGUGUGUCCUCCUGGAACGGGAAGAAGGUCCUCGGAUCCAACGAUCUGACCGGAGACUCUGAGUGUCCUUAGACACACACACACACACACGCACACGCACGCACAGCAAACUACUGGUUUUCUUUUGAUGCCUGUUAUUUAUUGAUUUGUCCAUGGUGGUGUUUGAUUCAGGUACACUGUCAUUGUGGGACCAAGGUCCCCCCCCAACUCCCGUCGCCCCCCCCCCCCCCUCCCACCACCACCAAAGAGAACAUCUAUUUUUGUUUCUGGAAAGAUUUUAAUAUUAAUGCAUUUACUUUAUAACUCCGACUUAUUUAUUUUAACUGUAUGUAUUCAUUUGUGUGAUUUUUUAAAAAUGACAAUAUUUAUAUCAUUCGCCUUAUUGUUAUCAUUAUUCAUAUUUGUAUGGGUGUAUAAAGUGUAUAUAUGUCUUUAUCUUGAGUAACUCUAUGGGAGUUUGUUUUCUGGUUUUGUUCAAAACAAACCAAACAAUAACAAAAGCACUGAGUGACCAAACGUCUUUUAGAUGUUUUUUCUAAAUGUUUUGUUACUUUUCAUAUUGUAAUUUUCAUGUUUUAUUUUCCUGAUAUGGUGUAUGUAAGAACUCAGUUAUGUCAGUCAAAUCAGUUCAUGGAAAUGGCUCAGUUAGGUGUUUCACAACUCAAUUUCCCAUGGUCCUGUGGGGUUGCAGAUUGCAUGCUGGGUAGUGCUGCUGCAUUGCCCCUCUGACGGGUAUCUACCUUAACCUACCUCCAAUGUUUGUGUGUAGACUGUCAGUUGCUUUUGUGUAUCUUGUCAAUGAAUUUUACUUUACUCGUGUCAUGGCUUUCUCUAACCAUGAACCCAUGACCACAAAGAGCAAAUUGUUGACAUUUGACCAUGAAGCCCAACUGCGGUUGAAACAUGUUUUAUUUGUGAUGUAUUAGCUCUGUCUUCAUGCUGCUGUUGGAGAGAGGCAUUGUUUUCCAAAGUGAUUAACUGCUUACUCAUGUAUAUGUACACUUUUGUAUUUGAGAUGUUGUGGAAAGAAGUGAUAUAUUUAAUAAAUAUUUUAAUCUCGA